AUGGUGGAGCUCAAGAACGGAGAGACCUACAGUGGCGUGCUUGCCUCCUGCGAUGGCUUCAUGAACCUGCACAUGCGCGAUAUCGUGUGCACUUCCCGCGACGGCGAGCGCUUUUGGAAGAUCCCGGAAUGCUAUGUUCGUGGCAACAGCAUCAAAUACCUACGCUUGCCCGACGAGGUCAUCGAUAUGGUGAAGGAUGAGCCGCAGUCCCGCAAGGACCUCCCCGAUCUUCUCCCCAACCCGACCUGUAUCGAGAAGCCUACUGGUGCCACCGACUUUGGACGCUGGCUGGAUCCAACAUCAGUGGCGCGUGUGUACUAG